UGGGCAAGCGCAAGCGCCUGACAGAAUGUAAACAUGGUUACAAGUAGAUGAGAGAAACGCCAACAUGGUCUUCGAAAGCUUGGUGGUUGAUGUCCUCAACCGAUUUUUAGGGGACUACGUUGUCAACCUUGACUGCUCACAGCUAAAGCUUGCCAUAUGGGGAGGUGAUGCUGUUCUUAGAAAUCUUGAAAUAAAGGAAAAUGCCUUGAGUCAACUUGACAUUCCUUUUAAAGUGAGAGCCGGUCAUAUAGGACGGCUUGAGCUAAAGAUCCCAUGGAAGAACCUGUACACACAGUCUGUAGAGGCAACACUGGAUGGGGUCUAUCUACUCAUAGUCCCCACAGCAAGCAUAAAGUAUGAUGCAGAAAAGGAGGAGAAGCAGCUACAGGAGGCUCGUCAGAGGGAGCUACAGCGGAUAGAGGAGACAAAGCAGAAGGCUGCUGAGCAAGAGAAUCCAGAUGUUGAAAAACAGGACACCUUUGUGGAGAAGCUGGUCACUCAGGUCAUCAAAAACCUGCAAGUUAAGAUCUCUAACAUCCAUGUGCGCUAUGAAGAUGAUGUCACCAAUCCAAACUGCCCCUUGUCAUUUGGAGUGUCACUUAAAAACCUCAGUCUUCAGACAUGUGAUGAGAAAUGGAAUCCCAGACUUUUGGAUGAGAAUUCCCGACUUUUCUUCAAGUUGGUUCAACUAGACAACUUGUUUGCCUACUGGAAUGUCGACUCUUUACUCUUCUCCAAUCACAAUGCAGAGGAAGCCUUGCAAUGUCUGCAGAGCAGCAUCGACGCACAGAACUCUCUUUCAAUCAGCCAUGACUUCAUUUUUCGUCCUAUCUCAGCGGCCGCUAAACUGCGGAUGAAUCCCAGGUCAGAUGUGGACUUUUCCUCUCCUAAAGUGGACCUGAUGGUCCAUCUCAGUGAGGUGGCCAUUGAACUCAACAGACCCCAGUACAUUAGCAUCCUGGGGCUGCUGGGCUCAGUGGAUUUGAUGUCUCGCAAUCUCCCGUACAGGAAGUACAGACCCGAGGUCCAGGUUCACAGAAAUGCCUGCAUAUGGUGGAAGUACAUGAUCACAAGCGUCCUGGAGGUGGAUGUCAAACCUCGUCUCCAGAUGUGGUCCUGGCAGCACAUUCGCAUUCACCGGCAGACGAUCAAGUGUUACAGAGAGCUGUACAAGAACAAAAUCACCUGCAAGAAACCCAACGAGGACCUGCUCAAGGCACUCAAGGGGACUGAGAAGACCUUGGAUAUUUUUAACAUCACGUUGGCCAGACAGCAGGCGGAGGUGGAGGCAAGCAAAGCAGGUCUACGAAUUUUCCGUCCAGGGCUUAAGAUGGAGGAGGAGGAGUCUCAGGGCUGGUUGAGCUGGAUGUGGAAUAUGGGAGGAGAGGCCGAAUCAGAAACAAAAGAGGUCAAGACUGGAGGUUUUGAUGAGCUGUUAACCUACGCUGAGAAAUCCAAACUCUACACUGCCAUCGGAUACAGUGACACCGCUGCAAAUCCCAACCUGCCAAAGAAUUUUGAGGACAUGAAGGUCUAUUUCCACAUGGAGAGGCUGUCUGUGUCCAUCACUGACAACAAGGACAAAGAUGAGAUCAUCAGGCUGACUGUGGGAGAGCUCAAGUCCACACUCACUCAGAGACCUGGAGCGCAAGCCAUCAAACUCCACAGCCCAGCUCAGCUUGUUUGAAGUCACCGGCCUGAGCCAAGUAACCGGCCCGCACCGACCCUCCUGUCGUCC